AGGAAAAGAGCAUUAGUAGCAAUAGGCACCCAUGACUUGGACACCAUCUCUGGUCCAUUUACUUACACAGCUAAAGCACCUUCUGAAAUUAAAUUCAAGCCCUUGAAUCAAUCCCAGGAGUACACAGCUUCACAAAUUAUGGACCUGUAUAGGACUGACAGCCACCUUCGGCACUAUUUACACCUGAUUGAAAACAAGCCACUUUAUCCUGUCAUUUAUGACAGCAACGGUGUUGUUCUCUCCAUGCCACCAAUCAUCAAUGGAGAUCAUACAAAAAUAAGUGUAAACACCAGAAACGUGUUUAUUGAAUGUACAGGCACAGAUAUUACAAAGGCAAAAAUUGUUCUUGAUAUUAUAGUCACGAUGUUUAGUGAAUAUUGUGAGAAGCCAUUCAGUGUUGAAGCAGUAGAAGUAGUUUAUCCUAAUGGGAAGACCCACAUCUAUCCGGAACUGGCUUACCGAAAAGAGAAGGUGAAACCUGAACUCAUUAACAAGAAAAUAGGAAUCAGUGAAACUCCAUCAAGCCUUGCAAAGCUGCUGACUAGGAUGUGUUUGAAGUCACACGUCAUAGGGAAUGGGAACAAUAUAGAGAUUGAAAUCCCUCCUACCAGAGCGGACAUUAUCCAUGCAUGUGAUAUCGUAGAAGAUGCAGCAAUAGCUUAUGGUUAUAACAACAUUCAGAUGACUAUUCCGAAAACGUACACCAUAGCUAAUCAACUCCCCCUCAAUAAGCUCACAGAACUUCUGAGACUGGACUUGGCAGCUGCUGGAUUUACUGAAGCACUCACUUUUGCCCUGUGUUCUCAAGAAGACAUUGCAGAUAAACUUGGCACGGAUAUCUCUGCAACAAAAGCAGUGCGCAUCGCAAACCCCAAAACUGCAGAAUUUCAGGUGGCACGUACAACCCUCCUUCCUGGGCUACUGAAAACUAUUGCUGCUAACCGAAAGAUGCCCUUGCCUCUGAAACUCUUUGAGAUUUCUGACAUUGUAGUAAAAGAUCCCAAUACAGAUGUAGGUGCAAGAAACUACAGGCAUUUCUGUGCUGUUUACUACAACAAGAGCCCAGGGUUUGAGAUUAUCCAUGGUUUGCUGGACAGAGUCAUGCAGCUUCUAGAAGUACCACCAAAUGAAGAGAAUGGCUACACGAUCAAGGCAACUGAAGGCUCUGCUUUCUUUCCUGGUCGCUGUGCUGAGAUCUUUGCCAAAGGUCAAAGCAUUGGGAAACUUGGAGUCCUACACCCCGAUGUUAUCACCAAGUUUGAGCUCACCAUGCCAUGCUCUGCCCUAGAGAUCAAUAUUGAACCCUUCGUGUGACGACGGGACUUUUAUCCUCCUACAGCUGUCUGCUGUCACAUGCAGCACCCUCUGCUCUUUUGUCUUUCUCUGCAGGGGACAUCCGCAUAUGAUUUUAUAUUCCAAUAAACUA